CCAACCGUGCCAUGGCGCCCGUUUAACCUGCUCCAGUUUUACCCUAGAAAUCACGUUUAGCCAUGGCGUCAACUCCGAGAAUCAGUUAGUUUAGGGUAGGGAGUGAAAAUUUAGUCCCUGAAGCACUCUGAGACUGGACGUCGGAAUCACGGAGCAGUCGUUCAUGGUGGAAAGGUGUUAUAGACAUCAACGAAAUGAGUGAAGGAGGGGAAGGUCCAAAGCUCUACACCAACAAACCUCGAAAAGAGCAGCUGAAGCAAGCCCGAGAGCAACAAAAAGCGAAGGCGUUCUCCUCGCCGACUGCGUCGUCGUCGUCAUCUGCGAUGGGGACCCAGCCGCCACCGCCGCCCAAGGAAUCGUUUGCUCGUCGUUACAAAUUCGUCUGGCCCAUGAUUUUGGCUGUAAAUCUCGCCAUUGGAGCUUAUUUGUUUAUGAGGACGAAGAAGAAAGAUAUACCUGUAGAGGAGGAACAACAUGCCACUUCUGUUUCAACGAAAGAUACUGCAACCCAUGUUGUGCAGACAUCCGUGUCUCCUCUUCCCAUGACAGAGCAAGUGAUCAAACGACAGCCAAUUCCAGAGAAUCAGCAGCGUGAACUAUUCAAGUGGAUUUUAGAAGAGAAAAGGAAGGUCAAACCAAAAGAUCCUGAAGAGAAGCGGAAACUUGAUGAAGAGAAAGCUAUUCUGAAGCAGUUCAUUCGGGCUAAGUCUCUUCCAAGUAUCUAAGUGUUCACCACCUAAAGAAUAUCAUAUUGUUUGAAUUCAAAUCGGCUUGAAUGAAUUUUUCAACGCUUUCCUUUUCUGUUUUAGUUGCUCCAUUGGCGAUGAUGUUCUGAUAACGUUUGGGGAGAUUUAACAUUGAUCCAUGUACAGUUUCCCACUUUGUCUGAUAUCUUGCUUUGCUAAUGUUUUGGACCAUUGGCUUUCUGGUUAGAUGGAUUUUCGAUAAAUUGGUGGCGAUUAGAUGUA